AGUGUAGUAAACUUACAGCGAAGAGACACGUCUUUAAAGUAGUUUUCAUUAAAAGUUCAUUAAUUGCAGAAGUAGAUGGCUGGACAAAAAUUUCAAUAUGAUGAAAGUGGUAGCACGUUUUUCUACUUCAUCCUAUCAUUCUUAGCACUCAUCCUGAUUCCAGCAACAUUUUACUUUUGGCCUAAAAAGAAAACCGAAGAUCCCAAUAAAAGUAAAAAUGAUUGUCAAUGCGAAGGAUGUUGCGAAAAACGAAUUAUCAUAUUAAACGCCGAUCCUUAUAAAAAUGUUAAAUCAUUUGGUGUUAAGUUCUCAAUCAUUUUGGGAUGGGUGCUUCUCCUUCUUAUAACUUACAAAGUGUCACAAUUUGAUUAUGAGAUGUCAAAUUUCGAUCCUUAUGAGAUUCUCGGCAUUCCUUUGGGAUCUUCUAAAAGUGACGUUAAAAAAGCUUACCAUAAACUCUCCAUUGUACUCCAUCCUGAUAAAGAAACUGGUGAUGAGAAAGCCUUCGUUAAACUAACAAAAGCUUACAAAGCUUUGACUGAUGAUGAUGCCCGAAAGAAUUGGGAGAUUUAUGGAAAUCCUGAUGGACCUGGAGCAAUGUCUUUUGGAAUCGCUCUUCCCUCUUGGAUAGUAGAAAAGGAAAAUUCUGUAUGGGUACUCGGACUUUAUGCACUCGUGUUUAUGGUUGCUCUACCUAUUGUUGUUGGCACUUGGUGGUAUCGAUCCAUAAGAUUUUCAGGUGAUAAGGUUCUCCUUGACACAACGCAACUUUACUUUUACUUCUUUCAUAAAACUCCAAAUAUGGCUUUGAAACGUGUGAUCAUGAUUCUUGCUGCAUCUUUGGAAUUUGAUAAGAGACACAAUACUCAAGUUCCUGAACGUCCAACGGACAAUGAAGAAGUUCCUUCACUUAUAAAGCUCUUACCUCAUUUAAAUGAGAAAUGUAAAGAAGUUCCAUUGUGUCGAAAUUAUUCUGUAAAAGCGCGAGCGAUCAUUCAUGCACAUUUGAGUCGACUUCUAUUAAAUCCCAACACAUUGGAGAAAGAUCGUCAAUUUGUCAUCAGAAAGUGUCCAUACUUAGUCAAUGAAAUGGUCUCAGUUGUCAAUCAAUUGAUUAUGCUUGCAUAUGCUGGAAGAAUUUCAGGGCAGAAAUUACCGCCAAUUGAAACAAUCGAAAAUUGUAUGAAACUUGCACCAAUGAUUAUUCAAGGACUUUGGGAAUUCAAAAGUACUUUACUGCAAUUACCGCAUUUAACAGAAGAUCAUUUAAAAUAUUUCGUCAAUAAGAAAAGAUACAUAAAAAGCUUACAACAGUUUGCAAAGCUAUCACCUGAUGAAAGUCGAAGUUUGUUGCGCGAUUUAAACGAUCAGGAAUACGACAAUGUGAUUAAAGUUUUAGGUAGAAUGCCUUUGAUUGAUUUUAGUAUUCGAUGUGAGGUUGUUGAUGAUGAGAAUUCAAAUGUUGUAACUGCUGGUGCAAUUGUGACAGUCACAGUGAAUCUCGUGAGACGAAGCAUGAGUGAGCUGUUUGGUGAUUCAUCAGCUGUUGAGAAACAGACAAUAAAAGAAAACGAUCGAGAAAAAACGAGUGAAGAAAAUGGAAUUGUUGGUGAUGGAAAUGAGCAGAAAGAGAAUGCAGAAUCAAAGGCUAAGAAGCCUGUUUGGUUGAAACAAAAAGCUCACAAAGGAAAACCAAAAUCCAAAUCUUCAAAAUCAAAACCAGCUGUUGGCGUCAUGAAACAAGCAACAUCAACUACGACAACAUCAAACAGUAAUAAGGAAAAUAAAGAAAAUCAAGCAAAGCCAAUAUCCAUGAAAGAUGGAAAUGAUUCUGAUGCAGAUGAAUCAAGUGCUGAAAGUGACAAUGAGAAUGUCGAUGAAGAGAGAGAUCGAUCGUCUGAAGAUGAAAGAAAGAAUUCAUCAGUUGAAGAUGAUGACAUGGAAUGGGAGAAGUUUCAACAAAAACUUAAUAAACGAGAAAAACUUGAAGGAAAAUCAAAAACAUCACACAGCGUUCACUGUCCAAAUUUUCCAGAGGAUAAACAAGAAUAUUGGUGGACAUACAUCUGUGAUAGGAAGUCGCAAACUCUUUUAACUGCACCUUAUCACGUCACAAAUCUUGUGGAUUAUCAGGAAGUUCAAUUAAAAUUUACAGCACCACGUUGGCCAGGUGUUUUCACCUUCACUGUGUGUCUCCGAUCUGAUUCUUAUAUGGGAAUGGAUCAACAAUUAGAUUUGAAGUUAGAUGUCAAGGAAGCGCCAGCAAUUCCACAAUAUUCAGAACAUUGGAACAUUAGUGAAUCUGAAGAAGAGCAUCAAGAACAGAAAGACAAUGAAAGCGAGUUUACAACUGAUUCUGAAAUGUCAGAUGCUGAUGAGAAGUAAAAGUUGUCAUCAUCGGCUAAACAAAUAUUUCAUAAGAAUUAAUUUGUGUAGUUUUUAAUAUUUUCUUAAAUUGUGCAACUAUAACAAAACAAAAUGCGAGUCCUUGAUAAUCAUUCUCCAUCACAUCGGAUCACGAGUGUUUUCCAAAAACAGAUAUAGCGCAAAUCAAUUAUAGAAAAUCAUUGAUGUAGUAGAAUUUUUAUUCGUGAUUUUGAUUUCGUGGAAUAAGAAAAACAAAAUAUUUUUAUAAAUUUAAGAUUUAGAUGGGGAGAAGUUUAAUUUUGUUUUUUUUUUCAUACAUAUGAGUCAAAUAAAUAACGCGCCACCGGAUCUAAAUAAUUGGGAAACAAUAAAAUAUUUUUUUGUCUGUGCGUUGCACGUUAAUAAAAAAAAAGUUCGUUUUAAUCAAUUGUCAAAU